GAUGGGCUACCGCUGAAAAACAACACAAAACUAAUAUCCUGCUUAAAUUUUAAACUCGUCGAGCGCGUUUUCUGUUUAUAUCUUUAUAGUCGCGCACAUUAAAUGUAUUAUUUCGCGUUGUAAAGUGCCUCCUAGAUUCAUGUUUCCCGUCGGGUUCGACCGUGGGUGUCAACAAAAAUGCUACCCGCGACGGGAUUGUUUAGGACCAUCCCCUGCCCAUUCUACGAGAAAGAUCUGUGCACAAGACCGUUCUGCCACUUCAAGCAUGCUAAAUCAGAACCACCUGCCGUGACAUACAGUGCUACACCGAAGUCCCUGCUAAAUCCCGCAGGAACAAAUGAGCACAACGAGGGAAGCGAUGUGAUAGCGCGCAGGAAACCGAAGCUCGAAUACAUACCCGUUUCCACCGUAGCCCCCAGAUAUGUACCGACCAGCGUUGCCAAGCUUCAAGCAACCAAAAGCAAUGGAGAUAAAACCACGUCCGAGAAUCAUUCAUCGGAAUCAAACGACUCGUCGGCAAUCGGAAAAGAGUCACAGGAAAUUGACGUUACAAAGCAAACGACAGAGGCUGAAGCAACCAAACUGUCUCCUAAAACGCUGGAAGAAAGUAAAUCGCCUGACAAUAAACCGGAAAACGGGAAAGAACCAUCCGAGAUAGAAAAAGUACCCAAGGAAACGUCAACAGAUCAAAACCCAGUUAAACGCAAACUAUCAACUAGUGACUCGGAUCGAAAGAAAGAUUCAAGCCAUUCGAGGCACCACAGUUCGAGUUCCAGAAAGUCUUCAUCUUCAUCUUCAUCACACGAUAAAAAGCACAGGUCGUCUGAGUCAUCAAGCAAAGAUAAAUCUAGUAGCAGUAGUAGUAAAAGCAAACAUCGAGAUAAAGAAAAAGAAAGUUCGAGCAACCACUCAUCUAAGCACUCCUCGGACAAGGAUCGUCAUCGUAGCUCAUCCGACAAAGAACGUUCGCAUGGCAAAAGUUCUUCAUCGAAAAGUGUAAGCCACAGCAGCAGCAGCAGCAGUAGCAGGAGUAAGAGUACUGGAAGCAGCAGUAGUUCUAGCAAAAGCAAAGAUCAUCAUAAAUCUUCCUCGUCGUCGAAAAAGUCGACCUCAUCGGAGAAACGUGCUGUAGAAUCUGAGGAUAAGCCAAAGCGACCAUUGGAAGAGGAAAUUUAUCAAGAACUUAUAAAUAACCCACCGAGCGACAUCGACAUCGACAGCGACGAGGACGAUGUGAUGCAGCAGUGCAAGAUGAUUUUCGAGGAGUAUCAACCCGACGCGGAGAAGGAAGAUGAAACGCAGGGAUCAUCGAAUGGUCAAAUCGAUUUAAUUGACAUGUUUGCGGAUAAAUACUACGAUGACAAUCGGAAGAAACGAGUUGCGUAUGAGGCUGCAACCACAUCCAAACUUGGGCCACCGCCGGAGAAGAAAACUAAUCACAUCCAGAACGCAAUCAAGUCCGUUUAUCUGAGGCAAGAGAUCGUACGAAAGCAACAGGAAGAACUAGCAGCACGGAAACGAGCGGAGGAGGAAGCGAAACGACAUAUCGAGGAAGAAACACGAAAAGCAAUGAAAAAACCGGCAACACCACCGGCUCCGGCAAACGGUUCACCCGCUUCUCCGAUAAGUCCAAACAAUUUCUACAACAAAUCUCCGGAAACGUCCUUGGGAACUCCGAAGAGCCGCUUUACCCCCGCCGUCAAUGUGUUGGCCUUCCAAAAGGCAAAAGAAAAGAUCGAGCAGCUCAAAAAGAACCAAGCAGCAUUCACACCAGCCCAAACGGCACCCAAGACAGGGUCCCGCAUCGCACAUGCCGGGUCUGCGAUCGCGGCCAAAGCAGCGGCAACACCAACUGCUCAAGCACCACCCAUCCUGGAACCGACGUCGAGCAAAAUUUCCUACAAUCUCCGCAUGCAGUAUUACGGGCUGAUGCUGAAGCACUGUUCCAGCAUCUAUCCGACCUGUGAGGACGCUUGGGAUCGUGCGCAAACGGAAGAGCUGGCCGUGAUGAAGAAGUGCAGUACGGCUAUGAUCUACAAAAGCAGUGCCUUACUUACGAUCAACAAACUUCGUAAGGAAGCGCUAGAUGCUGGUAACGUGGCGGUGGACAAAAACAAAACAAUAUCUCAUGAUGUUAUACUUGCUGGCAAAAUGGUUCAAAACAUCUCUUGGAGUGUUAACAAAAAAAUAAAAACGGAAGUGAAAACGUCAGCCUAUACGAUCGACAAUGCACCCACGACUGUGGCGUACAAAAUGAUCCACGAAUGCAAGCUGACCGAGGAACAGCUACGCUCGAAUGGAUUCCCCCGUUCGACCGAUGUGCCCGGAAAGGCGAACAUCUUCACGCCAAAGCCCGCCCGUCCUCCCAACGAGAACGAACGCUACUGCUCGCGUUGCGCGAAGGUGUACAAUGUGGAGCUGUACGACGAGCCGCAGGUGGAUGAGUGCAACUACCACCCAAAGAGUACCUGCUACCGGCGUGGCUUCGUGGACAAUCUGCACAACUGCUGUCAGCAGCCAUCCGGCACACCCGGUUGCAUGUACGCGAACUACCACGUUUCGAGCUACCUCGAUUACAACGACUUGACGGGCUUCGUCAAGACGAUCGAUCCACCCGAGGACUACCAGCCGUCGAAAAAGGACGUGUUUGCGCUCGAUUGUGAAAUGUGCUACACUACGGGAGGACUGGAGUUGACGCGCGUAACCGUGGUCGACAUUAACGAGAAGACUGUCUACGAUACGCUGGUGAAACCAUUGAACAGAAUUGUGGACUACAAUACACGUUUCUCCGGAAUUACGGAAGAAAUGCUACAGAAAACCAACACCACGCUGCAUAACGUCCAAGCCGUACUGCUUUCUAUGUUCAACUCCAAAAGCAUACUCAUCGGGCACAGCCUUGACAGCGACUUCCGGGCGCUGAAGCUGAUACACGACGUCGUGGUCGACACGUCUGUGCUGUACCCGCACAAGAUGGGACCACCGAAGAAACGUGCCCUCAAAACACUGUGUAUAGAAAAUUUGAAGAAAAUCAUUCAAGAAAAUGAUGCUGGUCACGACAGUGCCGAGGACUCGGUGGUCUGCAUCCAGUUAAUCAAGCACUAUCUACGCAAUCGCAUACUGUGAGUGACUGUAUCAUGGUCCAAAUUAGUGAACGAAAGUAAUCUACAGUACUGAGAACUUAAGGAAACGGGCGUUCCUAGCUUCACUGCGUAUCAAACCGAAACGCAGCAGUGGGGACCACUCACAAACUCUCCCGCAAACCCCACGAACCACAGAUAUUUAUUAUGACACAAUUGUUUUUUUUUUAUAUUUGUUUUGGAAUCUACCGUACCGAGGAUCAAUAGACUAUGUGUUUGCAUUAA